AUGGCAUCUGACGUGGAAGAGCGGUUAAAGCAGAGAUGUGCCAUCGAAUUCCUCAACCCUGACCAACUGCAUGCCGCCGAGGAGGGCGACCUGUGGGCUGAGUCCAGCCUGCUGGGGAUGAAGAUCACCUAUUUUGCCAUGGUGGACGGCAAGGUCUACGACAUCACAGAGUGGGCUGGGUGUCAGCGCAUGGGGAUCUGCCCGGACACCCACUGUGUCCUCAACCACAUCUCCUUCGGAGUGCAGAGUGCUGACACAGGCAGGCAGCAGAGGAGUGCCUCCAAAGGCAGCCCCAGCUCUGCUGCUGACCUGCAGGACUUCUUCAUGCGUAUGUUCCAAGGGACCUUGGGACAGGUGCCUGGAGGCUUCCCACCUCCCCCUGCCCCCACAGCUCCCCGGGGGGCCACAGCUGGGAACAUGAGGACCGAGGGGGUCUUCACCAAGAGUGACACCAAGCACAAGAGGAGGAAGAAGGUGCGACUGCCCUUCCAGCACUGA